CAGCAACUCUAGCAGGUAUUCCACUCCAAACAAAGCAAACUAUUACAAUUCGCUAAUUUAUCCCUUCCCUGGUGCAGUGGAGUAUGGGUACAAAAUGGAGAAGUAUUCAAGUUCGCAGCUUACUCAGUGCCGAAGAAGACUACCUGGUAAUCUUAACCUUACCUACCAGACAGGACCAGAAAAAAAUCCUAACCAAACGAUUCGUAUAACAAAAGAUACAGAGGUUCUUGAUGUAUUAUUGGGAGGGCGCAGGAAUCACAUCGUUGCUGUAAUAGACGAAUAUAAUUAUGUUCGUGCAAUAAUUCUCAAUGGCAUAAUUACUAAACUAGUCUGUUUAACAAAGCCUUCUCCAUUUUUAGCAAAAGAGCGGAACGCAAUAAGUCUUCGCUUCAACGAGAAAUGGCCUUACGUUAAUACUAACCUUGCGCUUUACAACUUUUAAUACUUUUUAAUGCAAGCAUAAUUACCGAAAGCAGCCUUCAACUGCCGCGUCCAAUGGACAAUAUUGGUUAUAAAUACUUCUUAAUGCCAUGUGACUUUUUUUAUUUCCCAACUUAUUUUCACACGAAGC